AUGGCAGAAUCUACAUCUAAAAAACAGGGAUUUAAAAAAUGCCGGAGUGCCACUUUCAGCAUUGAUGGCUUCAGCUUCACAAUUGUUGCCAAUGAGGCAGGGGACAACAACCAGCACCCACUGGCCCGCUUUUCACGUUCACGGUCCCAGAAUGCACUAUGCACAGAUGUUGCAGCAGGAACUGGCAUCACUGAUUCCAAAGAGAUUCUGAUUGACCCACGCAGUGCUAAUGAGAUCCUGGCUGAUGAGCUACCAAUCCUUGAUGCACCAGACAGCAUCGCAAAGACUGCUGUAAGGUUGCGAUGUCUUGUUAAACAGCUGGAGAAGGGGGAAGCAUCUGUUGUGGACCUGAAAAAAAACCUGGAGUUUGCUGCCUCUCUUCUUGAAUCUCUCUGCACUGAGGAAACCAGGAACCUGGAGGAUCCAGAGGGUGACCUGAGUGAUAUCCAGUCAGAUGCUGUACCACUGGAGGUUCGUGACUGGCUGGCCUCCACUUUUACACGGCAGAGAACCCUGAUGCUGCGCCACAGUGAAGACAAGCCACACUUCCGCAGCAUCGUCCAUGCAGUACAGGCUAGCAUCUUCGUGGAGAGGAUGUUCAGACGAACCUCCUAUACGACUGGUCUCAGUUAUCCCACAAAUGUCAUCACUGUGUUAAAGCACGUAGACACAUGGUCUUUUGAUGUGUUUGCACUGAAUGAUGUCAGCGGAGACCAUGCUCUGAAAACUGUCUUCUAUGAGUUGCUCACCAGAUAUAACCUGAUUAAUUAUUUCAAGAUUCCCAUCCCUGCACUCAUAUCAUUUGCGGACUCACUGGAGAUGGGCUACAGCAAAUUUAAGAACCCCUACCACAACCUGAUCCAUGCUGCUGAUGUCACACAGACAAUCCAUUACCUGCUCAUUAAGAGUGGAAUGGUGCACUGGCUAACUGAGCUGGAGAUCUUUGCCAUAAUUUUUGCAGCUGCCAUCCAUGACUAUGAGCAUACGGGGACUACCAAUAACUUCCAUAUUCAGACCAGGUCAGACACAGCACUGCUGUACAAUGAUCGAGCUGUUCAAGAGAACCACCAUGUCAGUGCUGCCUAUCGUCUUCUACAUAAUAACGAAGAAAUGAAUAUCCUUGCUAAUCUUUCAAAGGAUGACUGGAGGGAACUACGGACUCUAGUAGUGGAUAUGGUAUUGGCCACUGACAUGUCGUGCCACUUCCAGCAGAUCAAAGCCAUGAAAAGCCUCCUGCAGCAGUCUGAGGCGAUUGACAAACCAAAGGCUUUAUCACUGCUGUUGCACACUGCUGACAUCAGCCACCCUGCCAAAUGCUGGGACCUCCAUUAUCGCUGGACAACAUCCCUGCUUGAGGAGUUUUUCAAACAGGGUGAUAGGGAAGCAGAGCUUGGUCUAUCUUUCUCCCCUCUUUGUGACCGCAAAUCCACCAUGGUGGCCCAGUCCCAAAUAGGAUUCAUUGAUUUCAUUGUGGAGCCAACAUUCACUGUGUUGACAGAAAUGACUGAAAGAAUUGUGACACCACUUAUUGAAGAAACCUCUCGCUCUGGAUUGCCUGGUUUCAGACGGUCUAGUUUCAACAGUACUGACAGUGAUGGAAACCAUUCCAGCAUAAAGAGUACCCGCUUAGAGUGCAGCUGCUCUCUGACUACAGUGGAUUUCAAAAGCUUCAGGGGCACGUGGAACCAAGAAAUUCAUCAAAACAGGGAGACAUGGAGGAACCAAGCAGCCAAAGACCAGGAGGUAAAUACCAAGAAGCAGACAAAGGAGAGUGGCAAAGACGACAAUGAGGGAAAGGAGGGAAAAGACAGAAGCACGAGUGUUGACAGAGCCAACAUGGGACAAGUGAAAAUUAAAAGAGAAGUGGUGGUACAAGAGGAGGUGCAGAAUGGGAGGCAGCAGGAAGAAAGACCACCUAAAGGAGAAAGAGACAGUAAUCACGGUGGGUUUGCAAAGUCCUUGCUGGAAUCACUCCCUGAUGUUACAACGAAUAAGGCAUCUGAUGGCCACAAAGAGGAGCAGCAAUGGCAAUGUCAGAAUGGUACACAACCCUGA